AUGUGGAACGCGCGAGAUGCAGAGACGAUCAGGGCCCGGCUGACCGAGGAAGAAGAACUCAGGCGUGCAGCGGCCGAUUACGAAGGUCUGGCUUGCGCCCGAUGCUUCAAGCCAGGCAAUACUGUCACCCUCAGAAGGCAUCUUAUCAAAGAGCAUGGUGUUGCUAAGCCGGAUGUCAAAGAUGGUAUUGUGAUGAAGAUUGACUUUUCCGCGUUUCGCGUGCAGAGAAAAGGACGAACUCCUUAA